AUGGCCGCCUUUUUCCCCCGCACCAUCUACAACACCGAGGCUUCCUUUACGCCUCUCUUCCGUCUUCUUGACGACUUUGACUCGUACUCGCGCCAGUGCCAGUCUCCUUCCAGCACCAACAACACCAAUAAGAGCAGCCAGUGCAAGAAGCAGCAGCAGCAGCACUUUCGCAAAUCCACUGCCGUCUCCCACUGGCAGCCCAAGUUUGACGUCCGCGAGACGGCCGACACCUACGAGCUCCACGGCGAGCUCCCCGGCCUCAACAAGAACGACGUGAGCAUCGAGUUCACCGAGCCCCAGACCCUCGUCGUCCGCGGCAAGGUCGAGAGGACAUACUCGGCGGGCACUUCUCCCUAUGAAGCUCCCGCUCCCGCUCCCGCUCCUGUCCAGGAGGCAGAGGCGGAGCCCGCUGCCACUCACAAGGCCACCGUCGCCGAUGAGGACGACGUCAGCAUCCAGGAGGAAAACGGCUUCGAGGUCGUGAGCGAGUCCAACAACACGGCGCCCGCCACGCCCGAGACGGAAGCCGCCGCCACCGCGGCCGCCGUGCCCGCCGACAAGUCCAAGUACUGGCUCAGCGAGCGCAGCAUCGGCGAGUUUGCGCGCUCCUUUAGCUUCCCGGCCCGCGUCGACCAGGACGCCGUCAGCGCCGGCUUCCAGGACGGCAUCCUGAGCAUCUCUGUGCCCAAGGCCAAGAAGCACGAGACCAUCCGCAUCGCCAUCAACUAA